AUGAGCCCUCCUUCUCCCAACAAGAAGAACGGCGGCAAUCCUUCUGCUCCCAGACAAAUUCGCUUUGUCGCAACCGACGGGCAGCCGCAAACCAAGCGCCGCCGCGUUAAUGCCGCUUGUUUAACAUGUCGCCGGCGCAAGAUUCGAUGUUCCGGUGAACAGCCAGUGUGCAAGACUUGCUCCGACUACAAGCAUGUCUGCCUCGGAUACACCGAAUCGACCGCACACCUGCGAACGCAGUCCGACACCGCAUCUCGAGCGCCACCGCGUCUUUCCGCUCCGAAUGAAUUGACAAGCCAGCGCACUUCCCGCGCAGUCGAAAGUAGCUCCCCCGAACCGGCGCCAACAGCGAUAACCAAGGCCCCCGCGGAUAAGGCCACCAAGACGAAAGCCCCCGGAUCAAAUGAACUAUCUUCUUCUGGGGAUGCUUCCUCACUCGCGACCAAGGAAUUGGAUGCCCAAGCUGUUGGGGACAGCCCAGCGAGUGGUCGUACCUCUGUGAGCUCAGGGAGUCGCACGCAUGUCCCAUAUUUUCGAUACUUCGGCCCUACCGCGAUUGUACCGGGGUUUAAACAAAUGGUUGUGCAAGUCCGUGGUUCUCGCAAGAGUAACCCGUCCACGUCCUCGGACUCUCCCUCUCCUCUUCGGAGCCCCAAACCGUCCGAAAUUCCCAUAAGACCCCUCACCACUGCCACGGAUAAUCGGGACAGCCGCGAUGCAAAUAUCCCGUUUUAUGACCGAGAUGAUACGCUUCCAGUUUCGAAUCUUGUAUCUCAUUUGUGCGAGCUCUUCUUUGCCCACCUGGGCUGCAGCUUUCCUUUCCUACAACGAGAGAGAUUUCUCCAGGAUCUCAAGGAGAAAAAGGUCGACACCAUGUUGGUAGACGCAGUGUGUUCGUUAGCUGCGAGAUUCUCAAUACACCCAUCACUUGGUCCUGCACAGGCUCCUCCUAUCGAUCGCUCGCAGCCGCCACUCGACGACAAAAAGUGGGAUCGUGGUUUGCCAUUUGCUCAUCGUGCGAUGAGCGCUCUCGUCGAUUCACUGCCAUGCCCAACUCUUUCUGCCGUCCAAGCCUGCUUAUUGCUCGCCUAUGAACAAUUUGGAUCAAAUCAUGACAGUGGACUGUGGAUGUACCUUGGAAUAUCAAUUCGCAUGGCACAGGAUCUUGGACUGCAGAAGUUCCAAGGUCUCAAAUAUAAUUAUGGCAAGAGCGGCGUCACACCGAGCGAAGUGAUGACAGGUCAUGCUGGGAAGCUAAGAGAGGAACAAUAUGAUGAUCUUGAUGUGCAUCUGACACCCAAGACCACUCCGCAGCCUUUGGUUGACGAACGUGCCCGGGAGCGCGAACGGGUAGACUCAUUCUGGAGCAUCUUUUUCCUAGACCGAGUCAUCUCCUCGGGUACCGGGAGACCAGUGACACUACGAGAUGAGGAUAUUGAACUCUGCUUCCCUCUUCAGUCUGAAUCCCAGCUACCAAAUGGGUGGCCCGCGCCUUUCCCACCGCUUAUUCGGAUCAUCCAUCUGUACGGCCGGGUGACAGACCUCAUUAACGGCAUUCAGGAUGUCAAGCUUGUCACACCGGACACGUUGAAGAUGCUAGCUGGGAUGGAAAGUGAUCUCACCGGCAUCUAUCAACGCUUGUCCCCCAGACUUCAUUUCAACGCAGCUAAUUUUCAAGCCUACGUCAAAGCCAAGGAGGGAACCAAUUUCAUUCUUCUCCAUUUCUGGUUCCAUACUCUCAUUGUUCUUCUUCAUCAACCGACCUUGUUAAAUUCGUUUGGUGGAUCAAUCCAACAUCUCUAUCCGAAUAGUCGUGAGCUAUCGAUGUCAUCUGCCAAAACUAUUGCCGAUAUCUUAUCCUUCUCGGAGCUUGUCGAUGGGAAAAGCUUCAUUGGCAAUCCUUUCACGAGUCAGCCGAUGUAUAUUGCGGCGUGCGCGUUCCUCAUGGAAAGUGCUUACUAUGCGUCUUCAUCCUCGGGGGCUGGGUCACACCAGCCUCGGCCAUUGUUGGCGAAUCAAUCCAGUGGGUUCGUGAUGCCCAUUAUGGAGUCCCCAAAUGGGACAGAACGGAAGUCUACGGCGAAGCAUAUCCUGCUUGCUUCUGCCGCCAAGGAGAAUUACCAGCGGUGUUAUAAGGCUUUGAAAGCACUCAAUACGUAUUGGGAAGGCACUGGGUAUAUUUUGACAGUGCUGGAUCAGAAGGCCAAGGGGAUUGUUGAUCCCCUCCUUUACGCCGUGGAGGAUAUGGAAAAUACCGAAGGUAUCGCCCCAGGGCAACCUCUUGGGCCAGGAGCUUGGCGUGCGGGCAAAGCACCGGCAGACUCUGGCUUUGACCCAGAAAGACCUGCCGGGGUCGCGGAUAUCUCAUCUGACGGGAAAUGGUCACCACACAUUGAUCCAAGUCAAGCUAUCGGAUGGGCACUUACAGGAGCAACGAAUUCUUCACAGCCCAACUUGAGUUUACUUUAUCAGAUGUCCACGACCGAGGCGGAGUCUACGUCCAAUAGACCGACAUACUCGUCGCAGUACAGCCACAGCUACCCAGUCAUACCAACAAAUGCUGGUGAAGGACCAAGUUCUACAUACUCGCAAUCUAUUGCACCAGCCAGGGCUCACGAAGAAAUGACACGCUCACUCACGACAGCAAAUGCUAAAUACCCCAGUGCUCAAUCCAGAACAAUUACCACCGACCCCUCUUAUUACAUGAGCAUGGAUUCAGCAUAUCCCGGAUCAAACACGCGAGCAACGCGCCCCGUACAGACAGCACAUUCUACUUUCCCGGAGAUGCUAUCAUCUGAGCUACCAACUUCACAUAUGGAUACCCAACCCUCCGCCUAUAAUUACUCGAUACCUCAACCGACAGCCGAACAACAAGCCAGAAACCAAAUGGGGUCUCGUGAUCCAGGUGCCGAUCUCCAAUCGACCCUGGAUGACGCGAACGGGAUGAUGAUCGGGAGUCACGAGGUCGAUAUGAACUCCAUCCACCAUCAAGACUCUUUCCCGUUCGCCAACGGCGAGAUCAUUCCGUGGCUGGAAUACCUCCCUCAGGAUGUCCUUAGUUUCUUCGGCGACCACCAAAAUUAUCCGCUCAUGAGCCCUGAUGAUGUGUCACGGCCUCCAUAA